AAAUACCCAAAAGGUCACUGCAUGAUCUCCAAAUUUGUCUUGAUAAAUAGUAAUAUACCCUCGCAAUAGAAUCUCGUUCAGCCCUAAUUUGAUUUUACAAAUUGAGUUUAGGGAUUAACCGCUUAUAAGCGGUAAAUUAACACUACGGUAACCGAGAAACGAAGGUCAAAUUUUACUACCGCCACGCCACCCCUCUUUUUCUCGUUCUCUAUAUCACAAUGUAAAACUCCCUCAGUCUCUUAUUUUCUUCAUCGUCUCCUUCUUUCUAUCUGUUCUGUUCCUUUGCCCAGAAAAUCAAAGAGAGAGAGAGAGAAAAAAAAACACUUCUCUUUGAAAUUCAAACUGAAAAAUUUGGCUUCCUUGGUUCUAUUUCAUCCUCACGUUGCUUUACAUUGAAGUAAUGCGAAUUUCGGUUGCGAUUCUCUUUUUCUUGCAGGAUUUGGCUCCUCCGUGAUGAUCUCUUCAUGAAGACUCGGGUUAGGAUUCUUGCUUAGCGUUGAUUCCUUGCGGUUAGAUCUGAAGUGUGGUGGUUGGUCUUGUUCGAACAAGUAGCUUGAGGUUGGAGGAUUUUGAAUUGUUUCGGAGUUCAGAAGCGUGAUUUGCUGUUUAAGAGGGAGGUGGUAGAUAGUGUUGUUUCUGCGCUUGGUGUUUUUAGAGAUGAAGAGGUCUAGAGAUGAUGUUUUCACGAGUUCUUCCCAACUCAAACGCCCUAUGUUGUCUUCCCGAGGAGAAGCGUCCGGGCAACCCCAGAUGACGAAUGGAGGUGCUCAGAAACUGACUACUAAUGAUGCCCUAGCGUAUCUCAAGGCAGUAAAGGAUAUAUUUCAAGAUAAGAGGGACAAGUAUGAUGACUUUUUGGAGGUCAUGAAAGAUUUCAAGGCUCAAAGAAUUGAUACUGCAGGUGUGAUUGCAAGAGUGAAGGAACUGUUUAAAGGGCAUAGAGAUCUUAUAUUGGGAUUUAACACCUUCUUGCCUAAGGGAUAUGAAAUCACACUUCCAUUGGAGGAUGAACAACCUCUCCCAAAGAAGCCUGUGGAGUUUGAAGAAGCUAUAAAUUUUGUGAACAAGAUAAAGACUCGAUUCCAAGGUGAUGAUCAUGUUUACAAGUCGUUUCUUGACAUAUUGAAUAUGUACAGAAAGGAGAACAAGUCUAUCACUGAGGUCUACCAGGAGGUUUCUGCAAUUUUCCGGGACCACCCUGAUCUUCUUGAUGAGUUUACUCAUUUUCUUCCGGACACUUCUGCAACCGCCUCUACUCAUUAUGGUUCUGGUCGAAAUCACAUGCUUCGUGAUAGGAGCUCUGCAAUGCCAACAGCACGGCAAAUGCAUGUUGAAAAGCGAGAAAGGACCAUGGUUUCGCAGAGUGAUCGUGACCCCAGUGUUGAUCGUCCUGACCCAGAUCAUGACAGGGGUUUGUUGAGGGCAGAAAGGGAGCAGAGGAGACGUGUGGAGAAGGAAAAGGAACGUAGGGAAGAUAGAGACAAGAGAGAUCGGGAAAGGAAUGAUAGAGAUUAUGAGCAUGAUGGAGGUCGGGAUAGGGAGCAAUUCCCCCACAAACGGAAAACUGAUCGUAAGGCUGAAGAUUCUGGACCUGAACCAAUGUUUGAUGCGGAUGAAAACUUUGGUAUGCGUCCUAUGUCAUCCAGUUGUGAUGAUAAAAAUUCUCUAAAAAGCAUGUAUAGUCAAGAGUUUGCUUUCUGUGAAAAAGUCAAAGAGAAAUUACGGAACCCUGAUAACUACCAGGAGUUUUUAAAGUGUUUACACAUUUACAGCAGGGAAAUAAUUACCCGCCAAGAAUUGCAGUCAUUGGUGGGUGAUUUACUGGGAAAAUAUCCAGAACUUAUGGAGGGGUUUAAUGAAUUUUUGCUACAAUCUGAAAAGAAUGAUGGUGGAUUCCUUGCUGGGGUUAUGAAUAAAAAGUCCUUGUGGAAUGAUGGACAUGGACUGAAAUCGAUGAAGGUUGAAGAUAGGGAUAGAGAUCGGGACCGAGAUAGAGAUAGAGACCGUUAUAGGGAUGAAGGAAUAAAAGAAAGGGAUCGUGAAUUCCGAGAAAGGGACAAAUCUACUGUUUUUGCCAACAAGGAUGUAUUAGGUCCUAAGAUGUCUCUAUAUCCCAGCAAGGAAAAGUAUUUAUCCAAACCUAUUAAUGAGUUGGACCUUUCUAACUGUGACCAAUGCACUCCUAGUUACCGUCUCCUCCCAAAAAAUUACCCAAUACCUGUAGCUAGCCAGAAAACAGAACUUGGUGCAGAAGUGUUGAAUGAUCACUGGGUGUCUGUCACUUCAGGAAGUGAGGAUUAUUCCUUCAAACAUAUGCGCAAAAAUCAGUAUGAAGAGAGCUUGUUUAGAUGCGAAGAUGACAGGUUUGAACUUGAUAUGUUGUUAGAGUCUGUAAAUGUGACAACCAAACGAGUGGAAGAGCUGUUAGAAAAGAUUAACAGUAAUAUAAUUAAAGGAGACAGCCCAAUUCGUAUUGAGGAGCACUUAACAGCUAUAAAUCUUAGGUGUAUUGAGCGAUUAUAUGGUGACCAUGGGCUUGAUGUGAUGGAAGUGUUAAGGAGGAAUGCUCCUCUAGCUUUGCCAGUGAUAUUAACACGUUUGAAGCAGAAACAUGAAGAGUGGGCAAGGUGCCGUGCAGAUUUUAGUAAAGUUUGGGCUGAAAUAUAUGCCAAAAACUAUCACAAAUCUCUUGAUCAUCGUAGCUUCUACUUUAAGCAACAGGAUACAAAAAGCUUGAGCACAAAAGCCUUACUGGCAGAAAUCAAAGAAAUUAGUGAGAAGAAACACAAAGAAGAUGAUGUUCUUUUAGCUAUUGCUGCUGGAAAUAGACGGCCUAUUCUUCCAAACUUGGAGUUUAAGUAUUCUGAUCCGGAUAUUCAUGAAGAUUUGUAUCAGCUCAUAAAAUAUUCCUGUGGAGAACUUUGCACAACUGAACAGUUGGAUAAAGUUAUGAAGGUUUGGACAACAUUUUUGGAACCCAUGCUUUGUGUUCCUUCUCGACCCCAGGGUGCUGAGGAUAGUGAAGAUGUUGUCAAGGCUAAGAAUAAUUCUGUCAAAAGUGGCACUGCAAGUGUUGCUGAAAGUGAUGGUAGUCCUGUUGUUGGUGCUACCAUAAAGAAUCCAAAGCAUGUAAACAUUUCCAGAAAUGGUGAUGAGUGUAUGCCAUUAGAUCAACCAACUUCUAGCAAAGCAUGGCAGUCAAAUGGUGAUAGUGGGGUUGGAGAAGAUAAGUGCAUCAAUGACUGUACAGGACAUAAAACUGAAACUUUGAGCAGUAAUGGACCGCAUGGUAAAGUUAACAGUAUUGCAUUCACGUCUGAUGAACUAUCAGGAGUCAAUAAGCAAGAUCAGUCCAGCGAACAGUUAGUGAAUGCUAAUGUCUUACCAGCAUCUGGAAUGGAGCAAAGUAAUGGAAGGACAAACAUAGAUAAUGCAUCAGGACUCACUGCCACUCCAUCUAGACCUGGUAAUGUUUCUGUUGAGGGAGGACAUGAUUUACCUUCAUCAGAGGGUGGUGACUCUAGUAGACCGGUUACAUCUACAAAUGGGGCUGUCACUGGAGGCAGCAAAGUUCACAGAUUCCAAGAGGAAUCAGUUCGACACUUCAAAAGUGAAAGAGAAGAGGGUGAGUUAUCUCCAAAUGGAGACUUUGAAGAGGAUAACUUUGCAGUUUAUGGAGGUAAUGGUUUGGAUGCAGUGCAUAACAGAAAGGAUAGUGGUGUGAGUCGGCAAAACCAAAAUAGACAUGGGGAAGAAGUUUGUUUUGAAACCAGAGGAGAAAAUGAUGCUGAUGCUGAUGAUGAAGGUGAGGAAAGCCCUCACAGGUCAUCAGAUGACAGUGAAAAUGCUUCCGAAAAUGUUGAUGUUUCUGGAAGUGAGUCUGCUGAUGGUGAGGAGUGUUCUCGAGAAGAGCAGGAAGAUGGGGAGCAUGAUAACAAGGCUGAGAGUGAAGGUGAAGCCGAGGGAAUGGCUGAUGCCCAUGAUGUUGAAGGAGAUGGAACAUCAUUGCCAUAUUCUGAACGCUUUCUACUAACUGUAAAACCUCUAGCAAAGUAUAUCCCCCCAAUGUUACAUGAGAAGGACAGGAAUUCUCAAGUGUUUUAUGGAAAUGAUUCCUUUUAUGUUCUGCUUAGACUUCAUCAGACAUUGUACGAGAGGAUACAGUCAGCAAAGAUUAACUCAUCAUCUGCUGAAAAGAAAUGGAAGGCUGCAACUGAUACAAGCUGUACUGAUCAAUAUGACAGGUUCAUGAAUUCCCUCUACAAUUUAUUGGACGGUUCUUCUGAUAAUACAAAAUUUGAGGAUGAUUGUCGAGCUAUUAUUGGAACUCAGUCCUAUGUCUUAUUCACAUUAGAUAAGCUGAUAUAUAAACUUGUUAAACAGCUUCAAGCUGUUGCUGGUGAUGAGAUAGAUAGUAAACUUCUACAACUAUAUGCAUAUGAAAAAUCAAGAAAACCUGGAAAAUUUGUGGAUAUAGUUUAUCAUGAAAAUGCCCGCGUUCUUCUUCAUGAUGAGAACAUUUAUCGUAUUGAAUAUUCACCUGGACCAAUGAAACUGUCUAUUCAAUUGAUGGACUGUGGACAUGAUAAGCCUGAAGUGACUGCUGUGUCGGUGGACCCUAAUUUUGCAACCUAUCUGCACUGUGACUUCCUCUCUGUUGUCCCUGACAAAGAGAAGUCAGGAAUUUUCUUGAAGAGGAAUAUACGGAGAUAUGCUAGUAAUGAUGAAUUUUCAAGCCAGGCUAUGGAAGGACUAAAAAUUAUUAAUGGUCUGGAAUGUAAGAUAGCUUGCAGUUCAUCUAAGGUAUCUUACGUUUUAGAUACUGAAGACCUUUUGUUUCGGAUGAGAAGAGAAAGAAGACCGUUGUGUCAAAAGAGUUCAUGCCAUGAGCAGGCGAAGUCUUCAAACAUUUGUUCAAACAGAGUACAAAGAUUCCGCAAAUUGUUUUCUUUUACAUGAUGGUGUCCAUUUUGAGCCAGUACUAUUUUCAAGCGUCAUUGGCAGAGGCGCCGGAUGCAAACGACAUCCUGUCCUACAAGUUGAUCAAAGGAUGUUUUUCUAAAAUCAUUUUUGCGCAUUUUCUAUGAGCAACCUAAUAAAGCUUACAGAACGGGUGGCGCGGCGUGAAGAGGAUAUUGUAGUAUACUUGUAAUUUGAUGGCUAGCUAAUGUUGGCUGACAAUAAUGUAAAUAGAGGUAAUUUGUGAUGUAACUAGAGGACAUUUUUAUUUCAUUCAUCCAUAUUUUUGUUAUCUAGUUUUUAUUUUUAUUCUUUUCCCUUUUACUUUAGCUGCUACAUUGUUGAGGUAAUUGUUUAUGGAACAUUCGGUGGCUGCAAUUAGCCUCCCGAUUCAAUUACGAAGUGCUACAUGAGAGAAUCAGCCUCUACCCCCCUUUUCUUU